AUGAACAGAUUAUUGUUGAUUUCAGCUUUCGUCGCUGUUUUGGUGGCCAUGGUUGCCGCCGAUGGCAACGUUAUCGUUUUGUCACCAGAGAACUUUGACACUGUUGUCGAUGGAACCAAGACUGUCUUUGUCAAGUUCUACGCUCCAUGGUGUGGACACUGCAAGAAGCUCGCCCCAGACUACGAGAUCAUCGCCGACACCUUUGCCGGAAGCAAGUCUGUCGCCGUCGCCAAGCUCGACUGUGACGUCCACAAGGAUCUCUGUGCCAAGUACGACGUCUCUGGUUACCCAACCCUCAAGGUCUUUGCCAAGUCAACUGAGCCAAAGGACUACAACGGUAUGAGAUCAGUCGAUGAGAUCGUUACCUUCAUCAACAACAACGCUGGCACCAACGCCAAGGUCAAGAAGGCCCCAUCCAACGUUGUUGACUUGACCCCAGCCAACUUUGACCAGGUCGUUCUCGACGCCAAGAAGGACGUGUUGGUUGAGUUCUACGCCCCAUGGUGUGGACACUGCAAGAAGCUCGCCCCAGACUACGAGAUCCUUGCCAACACCUUUGCCAACGAUGCCAACGUCGUCAUUGCCAAGAUUGACUGUGACGCCAACAAGGAGCAGUGCCAGAAGUACGAGGUCACCGGUUACCCAACCAUCAAGUUCUUCCCCAAGGGUAACAAGGCUGGCGAGAAGUACGAGCAGGGCCGUGAUGUCGAGACCUUUGUCAGCUUCAUCAACAAGAACGCCGGCACUCAGCGUGUCAAGGGAGGCAAGUUGCUCCCAGCCGCCGGCCGCAUUGAGGCCCUCGAUGCCCUCGUCACCAAGUUUGUUGAGGGAGCCAAGACUGCCCGCACUGAGAUCAUCGCCGAGGCCAAGAAGAUCGUCGAGACUCUCGCCGCUGACGUCAAGCCAGAGGGCAAGUUCUACGUCAAGGUUAUGGAGUCCAUCCAGAAGACUGAGGCCUUCGUUGCCACCGAGCUCGCCCGUAUCAACAAGCUCCUCCAGGGUACCAUCUCUGGCAAGAAGUCCGAUGAGUUCUCCAAGAAGGUCAACAUCUUGGAGCAUUUCGGAAAGAAG